AAUUAAUUUGACAGACUUUAGAUAUUAACAUUGUAUUGGUAGUUAAACGUUAGUUAGCCAACACGCCUCGACAACAUUUACUAGCUAAUGUAGCUAGCUAAAUGUAAUAGUAUGACAUUAACCCAACCCAUAUGCCUCGAAUGUUACUGUUACGAUAAUUACAUACACGUCAACUGUAGCUUUAGUGUUUGCAGCAUUAAUAAGUAGUAAGUGUACUGCAUAGUCUAUCGAGCCGGGAAAGUCUGGCCGCGCGCUCAGGACUGAUUUCUGAGAACAUGUCUACAACUUCAUCUUCUGCAAGCUGUAAAACUAUCGUAAAUAAAGCACCAGCUAACUUACACGCGGUUUAUCAGUGCCCAAAAUUACUUUCUAGCUCAAUUCCAACUCUGUUUGUCAAUGAAGCUAGCAGGUACAUUGCGCAUAUGUAGUACGCAAACGAGUCGUUAUUUUUGAACGAUUCUUUACUGACUCGAGUCAUGAUUAAAUUGAACGAGUCACUGAGAAACUAGUCUUUCGUUUGACGUGCUCCGACCAAUUAUGUAUAUAAACCAAAUAGUAAAGAGUAGCAGCAGCGUAUGUGAGGAGUCAGUUAAUGCAAAAAUGGGUCCGUGCAGCUAACGAUUAAGCAGUCUUAUGGCUUGGGGGUAGAAGUUGUUCAGGUUCCAGACUUGGUGAGCUGUGCGGUAGUAGUCGAGAGAACAGUCCGUGGCUGGUGUCGUUGACAACAAUUGUUAGGACCUUCCUUUGACAGCGCCUGGUAUUCUAAACUGAAACUCAUGAUUAGUUGAUUAUUGGAGUCAGGUGUGUUAACGGGGGCUGGGACAAAAAUGUGACACCAAUUAGGCCCCUUAGGACUGGAGUUGCCCAUCCCUGCUCUACCCUCUGUAGUGCCCUGGGGUCGGGUGCCAAGCAGUUGUCAUACCAAGCGGUGAUGGAGCCAGUCAAGAUGCUCUCAAUGGUGCAGUUGAAGAGCUUUUUGAGGAUCUGAGGGCCCAUGCCAAAUCUUUUCAACCUCCUGGGGGGGGAAGAGGCAUUGUUGUGCCCUCUUCACAACUGUGUUGGGGUUUUUGGACUAGUGCUGGUCAAAAUAUCAUAUCACCAUUUAUUUUUUUAUUUUAUGAUGGUGUGACGGUAUUCAAAUUGUAUUUUUCACAUACACAUGUUUAACAGAUGUUAUUGCGGGUGUAGCGAAAUGCUUGUGUUUCUAGCUCUAACAGUACAGCAAUAUCUAACAGAAAUAUCUAACAAUUGCACAACAAUACACACAAAUCUAAAGGAAUGGAAUUAAAAAUAUAUAAAUAUUGGGUGAGCAAUGUCAGAGGGGCAUAGACUUAGAUACAGUAGGAUAGAAUACGGUAUAUACAUGUGAGAUGGGUAAUGCAAAAUAUGUUAACAUUAUUAAAGUGACUAGUGUUCUAUUAUUUUUAUUUAACUGGGCAAGUCAGUUAAGAAUAAAUUCUUAUUUAGAAUGAUGGCCUACCAAAAGGCCUCCUGUGGGGACGGGGGCUGGGAUAAAAAAAAUAUAUAUAUAUAUAUUAGAGGUCGACCGAUUUAAUCAGAAUGGCCGAUUUAAUUAGGCCCGAUUUAAUUAGGCCCGAUUUCAAGUUUUCAUGACAAUCGGUAAUCUGUAUUUUUGGGUGCCGAUUUGUUUUUAUUUUUUAUUGAUUUUUUUUAAUAUACCUUUUAUUUAACUAGGCAAGUCGGUUAAGAACACAUUCUUAUUUUCAAUGAAUGGCUAGGAACGGUGGGUUAACUGCCUUGUUCAGGGGCAGAAUGACAGAUUUUCACCUUGUCAGCUCGGGGGAUUCAAUCUUGCAACCUUACAGUUAACUUGUCCAAAGCAAUAACGACCUGCCUCUCUCGUUGCACUCCACAAGGAGACUGCCUGUUACGCGAAUGCAGUAAGCCAAGUCCGUCUCGACUGUCUGAGGCUGGACCCACCAUGGGCAGCUACAGUGACUCCACCAGUGACCUGGACGAGGAUCUCCCUGUGUAUGACUUCCUCCAGCCCAGAUGUAGUCUGAGCCAAGCCUCCCAGAUCCACACAGACCAACCAGACCUGGUGGUCCUGGACAGCUCUCAUACAGACCUCCCCAUAGGGUUGGCUGAUGUUAUGAUGAUCAGUAGUGAUGAUGAGGAUGUUCCCUAUAUCCCCCUGGCGCUGAGACUCAAACAGAGACAGGAGGGUUUGGAGCCUGCAUCCUCCACACUCGGUAAUGGACAGGACAACCAUCACUCCUCACCUGACCUUCCUAUUGGUUUAGGCCUGUUGGCACCGAAUGGUCACUCAGAGUCCGAACCUCUAUUCACCUCAUACGAGACCCUAAACAGUCAUCGUAGGAAGGAGAAAGGUGGAGGACCAGACUGGGAUGACCCAGAGGAGUCAGCUCUCCCUCAGCUGUGGCCCCCGCCAAAGCCAUCCUCCUGGGCUAGGAGCACCAUCUCCCCUGCCAAGAGGAAGCCCUCCAAGAUGACUGGUAAGGAGAUCCAGGGGUCCAGGGAGGUGCUGAGGAGGAGGGAAGCCAGGGAGAGGCAACAGGGGGACAAGGAGGCGCGGAUGCUGCAGCAGGAAAGGCAGAAGGCAGAGAAGGCGGCCCUGGCAGAGGCUGUGAAAGCACUGCGACCAGAGGAGUGCAUCAAACACAUGGUGGUGUCUGUGGAUCCAGCUCUGUUGCAGUUGGAAGGUGGGGGCCCUUUGCUGACGUCACUCCAGGCCAUGGGCUGCAGCUGUGCCAUAGAGAAACAGCCCCUCCCUCGCAGCAUCAACUGGGUCAGGAGAACACCUUGCACUCAGACAGGUGAGGUGUUGUGUAUCCCGGAGGCCCACACAGUGAUGCAAGUACCUGUUGAUGACUUCAUCAACCUGAUCCACAGCUACACUCAGGAACAGAGGGGUGGAGGUGCAGACUGUAGUGCCUCUUUGACCUCCUGGACCCUGGGUCUGCAGGCUCGCAACCCUGGCAGGACCCCCAGUCUGGUGGUCAUAGACCUGGAGAAAUACUUCAGAUCCCAGAAAUCCCAGAAUCAGAAGAAGUUCCGGGAUGCGGUCCUGGGGGAUGAGCAAGCAGCAGUAAAGGGGGCAGUGAAAAAGAGGAGGAAGAAAGAUGAAGGUGAUGCACUGCCCAAGGUGUCUCGAGUUGAGGUAGAGGAGGCCGUGGUACACCUGCAGCUACACACAGGGGUUCAGGUGCAUUUCCUGUCCACCUGGAAGGAUUUCUCUGACCACAUUGCCAUGGCAACCAAAGCAGUAGCUGAGGCCCCAUUCAAACGAGAGAGGGAGAAGACAGGCUUCUCGUUCUACCUGGAGAGUGAGUGGGCUGGAGGCCAGAAAGUGGACAAGGCUGGGAAAGGACUGCUGCAGGUCUGGAAGAGACAGAUCCAGCAGCUGAACAGAGUCAGCCAAGAUAUGGCCUCUGCCAUCCUCGCUGCCUACCCCUCUCCACAGCUACUCAACCAGGCGUACAGUCGGUGCAAGUCAGAGCGUGAGAAACUGUCACUGCUAUCGGACCUCCUGAUUCGCAGAGGGGAGGGCGUUACUUCCACAACUCGCCGGGUUGGUCCUGAGCUCUCCAAGCGUCUCUACCUGGUGAUGACAUCAUCAGAGCCCCAGCAGACCCUGGACUCCAUGCUUUGACCCUUUUAGGAUGUCAUGCAUCUGACCAGUGACCUCAGUAGUGGAAGAGUGGAGUUGGACUGAUGUUUUAAAUCUGUUCUUCAUCACUGGUCUUCACCCCUGCCUCUGGGGACCUAUAUGAUGUGCAGGCUUUUGCUCUAGCUCAGCACUAACGCACUUCAUUCAACUAAUCAAGGACUUUGUGAUUGUCUAAUCCAUUGAGUCAGACAUGUUAGUUCGGGGCUGAAACACAUAUGUGGGUCCUCAGGAAUAGGUUUGAAAUACACCCCGUGAACUAUGGAGCACAGUGACAUUUGGAUUUCAAUGUUGAUUUGGAUAGUGUACCGUUUUAUGACAUCCACCUUGGUUUGUAAUAUACUUUUUAUUUUAUUAAAGCGUCUAAUACAAUCAUGGGA